GAUUUCGAGACCCAUGUAUUCAGACAGAAAGUAAGCUCAAUACGGUCAAGAUGGUGAAGCUGAUUGUACUCCUCGUUGUGUUCGCACUCUGCUACCAGGUAGCAGUUGCGACGGAAGUCGAUACCUGUGAAGAUGACUACAGCCAAGGCAGUGUAGGUGACGGGGGCAGUGGUAGCAAUUACGACGACGACUGCGUCAGCGAUGACAACUCCGGGUCCGGCGGUAGCAAUUACGAUGACGACUGCGAUGACGAUGACAACUCUGGGUCCAGUGGUGGCAAAGACGACGACGACUGCGUCAGCGAUGACAACUCCGGGUCCGGCGGUAGCAAUUACGACGACGACUGCGAUGACGAUGACAACUCUGGGUCCAGUGGUGGCAAAGACGACGACGAUUGCGAUACCGAUGACAAUUCUGGGUCCGGCGGUAGCAAUUACGACGACGACUGCGAUGACGAUGACAACUCUGGGUCCAGUGGUGGCAAAGACGACGACGACUGCGAUACCGAUGACAACUCCGGGUCCGGCGGUAGCAAUUACGACGACGACUGCGAUGACGAUGACAACUCUGGGUCCAGUGGUAGCAAAGACGACGACGACUGCGAUACCGAUGACAACUCCGGGUCCGGCGGUAGCAAUUACGACGACGACUGCGAUGACGAUGACAACCAUGAUGAUGACGAUGACUGCGAUGACGAUGGCAACGAUGAUGAUGACGAUGACUGCGAUGACGAUGGCAACGAUGAUGAUGACGAUGACUGCGAUGACGAUGGCAACGAUGAUGAUGACGAUGACUGCGAUGACGAUGGCAACGAUGAUGAUGACGAUGACUGCGAUGACGAUGGCAACGAUGAUGAUGACGAUGACUGCGAUGACGAUGGUCCAUUGCAGCAGAUCGAAUUUGUCUUGUGCAACGGGAACCAAUCGAUGAAAGGAGUUUUUGAUUCGGUACUUGGAUGGAAUCAUAAGCAUUCUCUGAGAAAAAAAGUUAGGCCAGAUUGGCUCAGUGGUUCGCAAUAUCUUGAGUAA